AAUCUUCACAAAAAGCUCGCGAACAUUUUACCGCCAAAUUCCAUUAGAUUUAAAGUUUGCAACUAAAGAACUCUGGGAAAAAGGAGAGGGGGUUUCCAUGGAAGACGAAGAAGAGGUUCUCUCAGCUUCCGAUCCCAGCGAUUCCAGUGAGGAGUACACGGUGGACCACGAAGAAGAAGAGCUCGAAGACGAACCGUCUGUGGGUCGUUCUGCUCCCUUCGAUGAAGACCGGAAAUCGAAGAACGUCGAUGCUCUCCUGAGAGGCAACCUUAUCGUGAAGAGACAAUCACUGCUUCCACGAGUUCUUUCAGUGACAGAAGCAGCAGCAAUUUGUAGGAAGCCCUUUAAACCCCCAUGCUCUAAUGGCUAUGAUGAGCAGAACGAACAACUUGCUCGUCGACUCUGGGCCCGCAAACGGUUUGUUCCUUGGGGCUCUACAAGGCCAGCCUUGGUUGCAAUUACCAAUAGACUGAACGUACCGAGUACUGUUGGGAAGGAUGUAGUCGAGGAGAGUGUGACUCUGCCACCAGGAGUUGAGCCUUUGGUGUUGUGGCAACCUGAAGAAUCUGAGGAUGGGACUGCUAAUUUGAAGCAGAUAGCAGUUGACCCAUUGCUUGUUCGUUUCCUGCGACCCCAUCAAAGAGAAGGGGUUCAGUUUAUGUUUGAAUGUGUUUCAGGGUUGUGUAGUGAAGCAAAUAUAUGUGGAUGCAUUCUGGCUGAUGACAUGGGUUUGGGAAAGACGUUGCAGUCAAUUACCUUACUUUAUACUCUUCUUCGUCAAGGGUUUGACGGGAAGCCGAUGGUUAAAAAGGUCAUCAUUGUUACUCCUACCAGUCUAGUAAGCAAUUGGGAGGCUGAAAUUAAGAAGUGGAUUGGAGAGAGAGUUCAGCUUGUUGCUCUUUGUGAAAGCACCAGAGAUGAUGUUGUCUCUGGGAUUGACAGAUUUACCAGUCCCCGCGACUCCUUACAAGUGCUGAUUGUUUCAUACGAGACAUUCCGGAUGCAUUCAUCAAAAUUUAGCCAUAGUGAAUCCUGUGACCUUCUCAUAUGUGACGAGGCCCAUAGGCUGAAGAAUGAUCAGACGUUAACAAAUCGGGCAUUGGCCACUCUCUCAUGCAAGCGCCGUAUAUUAUUAUCAGGAACGCCAAUGCAGAAUGACCUGGAAGAGUUCUUUGCUAUGGUUAACUUCACUAAUCCUGGAAUAUUGGGUGAUGUUGCGUAUUUUCGCCGUUACUAUGAGGCACCUAUAAUUUGUGGAAGAGAACCUACUGCCACUGAAGAAGAGAAGAAACUAGGUAAUGAGCGUGCAUCAGAACUAAGUGCAAAAGUUAACCAGUUCAUACUGCGGAGGACUAAUGCACUGUUAUCAAAUCACUUGCCACCAAAGAUGGUUGAAGUUGUUUGCUGCAAGUUGACUCCUCUCCAAUCAGACCUGUACAACCAUUUUAUACAUUCCAAAAACGUUAAACGGUUAAUAACUGAAGAUAUGAAGCAAUCAAAGAUUUUGGCCUAUAUAACCGCUCUAAAAAAGCUCUGCAAUCAUCCAAAGCUCAUCUAUGAUACCAUAAAAAGUGGGAGUCCAGGAACUUCAGGUUUUGAGGAUUGCAUUCGCUUUUUCCCGCCAGAGAUGUUCUCCGGAAGAGCUGGGUCAUGGACUGGCGGCGAUGGGGCUUGGGUUGAGCUAUCUGGGAAAAUGCAUGUCUUAGCCCGGUUACUAGCUCAUCUACGUCAGAGGACUGAUGAUCGUAUCGUCCUUGUGUCGAACUAUACCCAGACACUGGACCUUUUUGCUCAAUUGUGUCGUGAAAGAAGAUACCCAUAUUUGAGGCUUGAUGGAACCACGUCGAUCAGUAAAAGACAGAAGUUAGUCAACCGCUUCAAUGACCCAUCAAAGGAUGAGUUUGUGUUUCUCUUAAGCAGCAAGGCUGGUGGUUGCGGCCUCAAUUUGAUAGGUGGAAAUCGACUAGUUUUGUUUGAUCCGGACUGGAAUCCUGCAAACGAUAAACAAGCUGCUGCAAGGGUCUGGAGGGAUGGACAAAAGAAGAGAGUAUACAUCUACAGAUUGUUGAGUACAGGAACAAUUGAAGAAAAGGUGUACCAGCGUCAAAUGUCAAAAGAAGGGCUUCAAAAAGUUAUCCAACAGGAGCAAGCAGAUACCCUUACGACACAGGUCAACUUUCUUUCAAUGGAAGAUCUUCGCGAUCUUUUUACAUUUCAUGAGAAUGUUAGGUCUGAAAUCCAUCAAAAUAUGAACUGCAUCCGUUGCCAAAAUUGCAACGAUAGGCCUGAGAGUAUAGAAGAGGGAGAUGGAAAUCACUCAACAAAUAUUAAUUGCCAAUCCGAUCAAGAAACCUCUGAUAUAGGCAGAUUUGCGGAAAUUUCAGGAUGCUUGCAUAAUUUAAGGAACUCAGAGAAACAGGUGGGGACUCCUCUAGAAGAAGAUUUAGGUAGUUGGGGGCAUCAUUUCUUCUCCACUUCAGUACCCGAUGCUAUUUUCCAAGCUUCUGCUGGUGAUGAGGUGACUUUUGUUUUCACAAACCAAGUGGAUGGUAAGCUCAUACCUGUUGAGUCUGUAAGUCCAAAAGUGCUUGGACCAGAACGAAAUGAGAACGGAUUCAGAUCAAAGCAAAACAUGAACCAAAAAUCCAUCUUCUUUUCUCAGCACCAAAAACAGAUACAAUCUGUUUUGUCCGAUAGAGAUUCUAUCAGUACAUUUUCCAAGCCUUUGUCAAGGACAACAAUGAAAUCAGUGAGAACUACUUUAAAAGGCUCAACACAUGUAAUGAAGACAAACCUCUCUCCUGGAGAUCAAUUACCCCAGAAAAGAUUGUCUCCUGACACUGUAGAACAUGAUGAUGAUUUUGCGUAAAAGUUAUUUUGUUUUUUUUUU